CAGGGGCCGCUCAGGACGCGCGAUGAAUGGUGACACUCGGGCCGCCGUGGUGACCUCACCACCGCCGACCACAGCCCCGCACAAAGAGAGAUACUUCGACAGGGUGGACGAGAACAACCCAGAGUACUUGCGAGAGAGGAACAUGGCGCCGGACCUCCGCCAGGACUUCAACAUGAUGGAGCAGAAGAAGAGGGUGUCCAUGAUCCUGCAGAGCCCGGCUUUCUGUGAAGAGCUGGAGUCCAUGAUCCAGGAGCAGUUCAAGAAGGGGAAGAACCCCACGGGCCUGCUGGCGCUGCAGCAGAUCGCGGACUUCAUGACCACGAACGUGCCGAGCGUGUACCCCGCGGCCCCGCAGGGAGGGAUGGCCGCCCUGAACAUGACCCGCCGGCUGGGCUUGUGCUGGCCGCCGUGGCGCCUGUGCCGGCGCCCUGUGCCGGGGCGCGUGGGGCCUCGGCGGAAGAGACUCGAGAUGGCCGGUAGUUCCGGCGGGGGCGGCGAGCCCUGUGGGCCCGUGGGGCGGCGCCGCCCGUCGGAGCCCCCGCUGACUCGGGGCUCCCCGCAGGCCAGAGUGAGCCCCGAGCAGGAGCACUUCCUCAUCGUGCCUUUCGGGCUUCUCUACAGUGAGGUCACCGCGUCCAGCCUGGUCAAAGUCAACCUGCAGGGGGACGUGGUGGACCGCGGCAGCACCAACCUCGGCGUCAACCAGGCCGGCUUCACGCUGCACUCCGCCAUCUACGCCGCGCGGCCAGACGCCAAGUGCGUGGUGCACAUCCACACGCCCGCCGGGGCCGCGGUCUCCGCCAUGCGGUGCGGCCUCUUGCCCAUCUCCCCGGAGGCGCUGUCCCUCGGAGAGGUGACUUACCACGACUACCGCGGCAUUCUGGUCGACGAGGAAGAGAAAGUCUUAAUCCAGAAAAACUUGGGCCCUAAAAGCAAGGCCCUCAUUCUCCGCAAUCACGGGCUGGUGUCCGUCGGCGAGAGCGUGGAGGAGGCCUUCUUCUAUAUCCACAGCCUGGUGGUCGCCUGCGAGAUCCAGGGCUACAGAACCGGCUACCCCUACCGCUACCCCGCUCUGCGCGAGAAAGCUAAAAAGUGCGGCGACACGGAGGCCCCCGCCGGCGCCGCGGGGUGCCCCCUCGCUGGGGACGGGGACCCGGCCGGCUCCCCCCUCAGACACAGUUUCCAGAAGCAGCAGCGAGACAAGACACGGUGGCUGAACUCUGGCCGGGGUGACGGUGCUUCCGAGGAGGGGCGCGGCGGGAGCAGCCCCAAGGCGAAGACUAAGUGGGCCAAAGAGGAUGGCCACCGGACUUCCGCCUCUGCUGUCCCUAACCUGUUUGUUCCAUUGAACACUAACCCCAAAGAGGUCCAGGAGAUGAGGAACAAGGGCUCGCCAGGCAGCUCUGGGCACUCGGGCUGGCGGAGCGGGCAGCGGGGCACCCCCGGGGGCAGCCGCCGGAUCCUCCCUGGGCCCUCCGCAGAGAGUCCGGCCGGGGCUGGAGAGCAGGAAGAGGAGAGUCCUCCCGAGCGUGCGGCUGCCCCCCACACGCCCCCCAGCACCCCCGUGAAGGCUGAGGAAGGUGAGCUCCGGGCGGGGUGGGGGCACUGUCCAGCGGGAGGGCGCCGGUGUGCGGGAGACGUCUGUCCGUGCUCUGGCCGCCGCCUCUCCCGUCCCGGUGUCCCGGUGACCGGAGGCCGCGAAGGAGACCGGCCUGCGCCUGUGACGUCCGCUUUGCCCCGCCGGCCCCUCGCUGUCCCCCUCUGGGGAGGGCCGUGGGUGAGCGGGCGGGGUGGGACCGCCGGUCGCCGAGCACACCGGGCCGGAUGA